AUGAGCGACAGAGAAGGGCUGAACUGCAGUGGGCGGGAAUCCCGCUCGACCUCCAAGAGCCAGAGUGCCAAGAAAUCAGACAAAUCGGCCUCUCCCAGCCUUGGAAGGUCGCCUUCCAAGGAAGAUUCGAAGCAUUCCAGCUCCAGAUGCCGCUCCCGCUCCUGGUCCCGUUCCCGCCCUUCUCGCAGACAGUCCCCAAGGGACAGGUCGUACAGCCGAUCUCGCGAUUAUCGCGAUUAUCGCGAUUAUCGUGAUUACCGCAGGCGCCACAGCCGCAGCCAGUCUCCUCUGUCCAGCCGCAGGCGCCACAUGGGAUAUCGAGUCAACCCUGAACCCAACUGUUGCCUGGGUAUCUUUGGUUUGAGCCUGUACACCACCGAGAAUGACCUGAGAGAGAUAUUCAGCAGAUAUGGCCCCAUCUCUAAUGUCUCCGUUGUUUAUGACCUGCAGUCCAAGCGCUCCAGGGGGUUUGCUUUCGUGUAUUUUGAAAAGUUGAAUGAUGCUAAGGAUGCUAAAGAGAUCGCUGAUGGGAUGGAGCUCCAUGGGCGAAGGAUCAGAGUGGAUUUUUCUAUAACAAAAAGGCCCCAUGCUCCCACACCUGGAAUCUACAUGGGAAGACCUACUUGUGGCAGGCGUCAAGAGUACGAUGAUCGGGGAUAUAAUGGCCAGGACAAUUACAGUAGAUCCUACAGAGGAGGAGGAGGAGUAGCAGGAGGAAGUGGCGGAGGAGGAGGAUGGAGAAAUGAUAGAGAUCAAAUUUACAGAAGGCGAUCACCUUCUCCAUACCACCGAGGGAGAUACCGAUCUCGCUCUAGAUCUCGGCCCCAUUCUCCUCACCACUUUUAA